AUGGAGGUUGGGCAAGAAUGGAGCUCCUUCAACGGAGUUAAUUCUAUUAAUGAAGAAGCUAAUUUUAUGGCUCAAUUAUUUCAGGACUCUUUGACGUCAUCCUGCUACUCGGGUAUGAGUACAGGGGAUGACAAUUUGUCGGUUUUUCUAACCGAUUUGUCACAAGGAAGUUCGACUUACAGUGGCAGUGGGCCCAGUGCCACUGCCACUGGUCGCAGUAGCAGUAAUAGUAAUAACAGCAGUACUACUAGUACUGUUGCGUAUCCAUUUCAGGGUACUUAUUGUUUAAGUGAUGCUUAUGAGUUUUUUCCGGUUGAGUAUUAUCCUAGUGCAAACAAAAAUUUUGUGCACUAUUUUCCAUGUAAUAAUUCCAUGGAAACUAAUGUUGAAAUGGGUUAUGGUGGAGAUCAUCAACCAGCAUUGUCAGAUACACAAUUGCAGUUGAAACAAGAGUAUGAUCACAUUUCUGAAAUUGAACCGGUUUCUGACGAUGUCAAAUGUAAUGACUUGUUAGAUAAUGGCGGAAGGAAACGAUCCAGAAUCAUAGAGAAGGGGAAAAGAAAUACUAGGACAAAAAAGAAUCAGAAAACUGGUUCAGACGAUGAAGAUAAUAAUGUUCCUGAGAUUCAUAGACAAAAUUCAGGUAGUUGUUCGGAAGAGGACUAUAAUGGCGUAGCAGUUUGUUCGAGUUUGAGCUCCAAAGGGACUGCAACUAUCAACUCCAACGGUAAAACAAGAGCUAGUAGGGGGGCUGCAACCGAUCCUCAGAGUAUUUAUGCUAGGAAAAGGAGAGAAAGGAUUAAUGAAAGACUAAAAAUCUUGCAGAAUCUUGUUCCUAAUGGAACCAAGGUUGAUAUAAGCACAAUGCUUGAAGAAGCUGUCCAAUAUGUCAAAUUUUUGCAGCUGCAAAUCAAGUUAUUGAGUUCAGAUGACUUAUGGAUGUAUGCACCUCUUGCAUACAAUGGAAUGGACAUUGGUCUUGAUUCAAAGAUUAGAGCUCUACUAUAA